AUGGCUUUCGACAGCACGCUAAUCAUCCAAGAUCUUCGUUGGCUUGCGCAUGAGUCUGAGCUUCGUUGCAUAACCGACGCUGAGCAGUGGUGCGUGGCAAAUGAAGUUUUGUACUACUUGCCAAAUGAUUGGUUUGAAGCGUAUGAGGAGAGUGCAACAACAGCGUCUGAAGCUGAGUCAUCCAACAAGAAAGCCUUGUUUGAUAGAGUCACCGCUUUUGGGCGCGCGUUAAUUAAAAAUGGUGACUUUUAUCGGGCAGAGUUUUUUCUUGAACGUGUCAGGAAGCAGUCGCUAUAUCAUCAGUUCUUGUACUACUGGGCUAGAUACCUGGCUUACGAAAGGCGAAGUUUAGAAAACGAUGCAGAAUCGUUGGGAUUUUCAGAAUACGAUCAUUCUGAGCUUAUUUCUUUACAUGCAGAACUUUGUAAAUUAGGAGAAGAAGACCCUACACGUUUUGACGCUUUUCUUUUUUAUGUCCUUGGUAAAGUGCGACUUAGUCUAAAACUAAGAACCGUUGCAAAAGAAGCCUUUUUACAAUCUAUUUUACGGAACAAAGCGUUUUGGCCGUCUUGGGAAGAAUUAGUUUGUCUUGUCGAUUCACCACAAGAAGCAGAAAUGCAUGAGUUUACUUCUGGUGAUCACUGGAUGUAUAGAUUAUUCAAAGCAGAUGUUUUGUCUAGAUUUUAUUUACACAAAAAUGCAUUAGAAGAGUAUGAACGGAUAUCAGAGGGAGGUUUUGCAGAAAUGCCAUACCUUGUUAAUAAGAUGGCAGCUGCAUUCAAUGCUCUUCAAGAACAUGACAGUGCUUGGGAAUUCUUUGAGAAAGUACGCAGAAAUGAUCCUAGAUGUGUCACCAACAUGCAUCUUUAUUCCGACACUUUGUAUGUUCGGGGUUUAUGCGCCGAGCUCUCAGCUUUGGCUCACGAUUUUUAUUUAACACAUAAAUUCAGGUGGGAGACCAGCUGUAUAGUAGCAAACUACUACAGCUUGAGAGGAGAUCAUGAGAGAGCCACUAUUUUUUUACAGCGCUCCCUAAAGCUAAAUCCGUACAACGCAUCUGCAUGGACUCUUAUUGGUCAUGAAUUCAUGGAACAGAAGAAUAAUGCUGCCGCUUGUAUAGCGUAUCGUAAAGCUAUUGCAGCAGAUGCAAAAGACUAUCGUGGAUGGUAUGGUCUUGGUCAACUGUACGAUAUCUUGAAAAUGCAUUCUUACGCGCUUCACUAUUACCAAAGGGCACAUAUGUGCAAACCCGAUGAUUCGCGUAUGCUGGUUGCUCUAGGGGAAAUCUAUACCCGUUUAGAACGGUUUAAUGACGCACAGAAAUGCUUCCUGAAAGCUUACAAAGUAGGCGAUGUCGAAGGGACAGCUUUAAUGUUGCUUGGAGGGUUAUAUGCGAGACACGAUAAUAAAGAUUCAGCAGCUCUAGCGUAUGAGAAGUAUUUGGACGUUUAUGGCGAACAGUGUAUAGAUGACGAGGACAACGUGUCAAAAUGUUGUAGUUUUCUUGCUAACUACUAUUUGAAGAAGAACGAAUUAACCACUGCUAGUGCUUUCGCACAGAGAUGCUUGGAAUACGAGACGAGUAAAGAACAUGGCCGGAAUAUUCUGAGGCAAAUAAGUCAAAUCCACCAUCGCCUGGGAGUUAAUCCAUUGGAUCUUCCUGGUGGUGCAACUUCAACCCCAUCUGCAAAUACUGGAGAUUUGGGAAAGAAGAUGAAAGCAGAUACGCAACAAAUUACUCCGAUACUACCACAGUCUACAUCAGGGUAAAA